AUUUUCGCCGUGACGUCACCAAGUCACGUGAUUUUCCGACUGGUUGGCAAUAUAACGGAUGUUUACAUAUGCGACAAGGUGUCACAUGUCAUUUCACGAUUACAUUGAUUAAUGAUGGUUGUUUCGUGUUGUGUAGUUAAUUGUACAACUAGAUUUGAUAAAGACAACCCUAACAGUUUUUUCCGUGUCCCCAAAAAGCCUGACACUCGUAGAAAGCUUUGGAUUUCUGCUAUAAAGCGUAGAGAUCAUGACGGAAAAGCAUGGGAGCCGUCUGACCAUGAUCGUGUGUGCCAUCUUCAUUUCAUAUCAGGACAGAAAAGCAACGAUAAAAGCAAUCCUGACUAUGUUCCUUCCAUCAACAUGGGUUACGAUGAAAGAACAGAUGCAACUCUGCGUGCUGCCAGACAUGACCGUCUUCAGAAGCGUGAUGCUGAAAAGGGAAGGCAAGAGGUGGCCAGUGUUCUUCUAGACCUUUCUGAAAAUGUUCCACCACCAGAGAAAGCAACUACAGGUUUGCACGACCAAUGCAUCAAGACAAUAGCUUCACUUCGCAUUGAAAAUGAACACUUGUAUACAGAAUUAGGCAGACUACAAACAGAAAAUGCUCAGCUUAAAGAAGAAAUCAACAAACUGUCCUUUGGAGACCAAGCUAUCGCGACCAACCGUAAAACACAGUUCUAUACUGGUGUUCCUACUAGGGCACUUUUUUUGUGGUUAGUAACAUUCUGUUCAACUAUACUUCCAACUUGUAAAGUUAUGUCACCACCAAGUGUUCUAUUGUGUAUUUUGAUGAAACUCAGACUGAAUAUCCAGCAUCAGGACAUUGCCUAUCGCUUCAGGGUGUCUAGCACAACUAUUUCAGACUUAUUUAACCAAGGUAUACCUAAAAUAGCUCAGAAACUUGCUUUCCUAGUGCAAUGGCCAGAUAAAGACAACAUUAUCAAGAAUAUGCCAGUAGUGUUCAAACAGUCAUACCCUAGGUGUGUUAGUAUUAUAGAUUGCUUUGAAGUGUUUAUACAAAGACCAAAUCACUUAACUGCUAGAGCACAAACAUGGUCGAACUACAAACACAACAACACCAUCAAGUUUUUAGUUUCGAUAACUCCUACCGGUGCAAUUUCAUUUGUGUCUAAAGCUUUUGGUGGGCGUACUUCUGACAAAGUUAUAACGCAAAGAAGUGGUUACUUAGACAAGCUAGAACAUGGUGACCAGGUAUUAGCAGACCGGGGUUUUUUAAUUGCAGAGGAGCUUGCAAGUCGUAAUGCCUCAUUGAUUAUACCAGCAUUUACCAGAGGAAAGUCGCAACUUAGUGCUCGUGAAGUAGAACAGACUCGAAAAAUUGCUCAUGUGCGUAUCCAUGUAGAAAGAGCAAUCGAGCAGUUGAAGAACUUUCAAAUUCUCAGCAGCCAAAUGGGGAUUUAUUUAGUACCACAUUCUGACAGUAUUGUGACUUUAUGUUCAGCUAUUUGUAAUUUGCAUCCUAAACUUUUAUCUUAAAAGUAAAUAUUGACAGAGAAAGAUGAAAGACAGUUUAACAUAAUGUUUUAAUGCAUAUGUACAUGUACAAGUACAACAAUGUAACUAUAUAUAUAGUCUUUGUAUCAAAUGAUGAACUUCCAAGUAUUUUUUACAUGGUGAUUGUAUUGUUUUGUACAAAUAAUUCUAUUUACAAAAUCAGCAGCAGUGUAUUGAAAUAAUAUAAAGAUAGAUUUCAAACAGAAAGACACUGAAAAUAUGUCAAUAUAAAGUGGUAAUUUCUUUGGUUAAAUAAAGUGAACACAAAGAUAGCAGUAUCAAAUGAUUUUUUCUCUGGUGAAAGUUACCUUUUGUACUCAAGUAAUAGAAUUUUUACUGCAUUAAUAGGUAAACAGACAAAAUAUUUGAUUAUUGUAAUUUAUUCCUACCAUGCAUGCAUGCAUUGUAUUACUUUGUGUACAUAAUCAUAUGCAGAUUACAUUUUCAUAUACAUGAUAUAGAAAUAAAGAAUGUCUAAUUAAGCCUCA